AUGUCUGCUUCCAUCGUGGAAAGGCUGGACACUCUAGUGGCUGAUGUUCUAGCUGACUGGAAUAUCUACACUACCAUUGUUGCCGGUGUUGUUGUUGCCUUCGCUGUGUACUCCGUUGUUUCGUCUCAAGACCCUGAUGUCCAUCCGUUCCUUCUUGCUCGUCAAUCGACUGCAUCCCCUAUCCGCCAACAGGGCGAAUCUGCAACAUACAGAUGCCUGGAAACUCCACAUGGCUUGCCCCUACGAUUUGGUCUCAAUGUCAAGGAUCCCGGUGCGCCAAAAUGGACCGGUGGCCGCCGCGGUGACCUGCGUGAUAUUUGGAAGACCGCUGUGCGUGGAGCUCUGAACGACGAUGGCACCAAAUCUGGAAAGCAGGGAAAAAUCUAUACUGUACUGGGGAAAAAGGCCAUUGAGCACUCGUUGGGCCAGAUCACUCAAGAGAUCAACGUUAUUGGCAGUCAUCUGCGCAGCGCCGAUGCGAAGAUUGUUGCUAUUUGCCUCACAGACUCCAUCGAACUGCUGGCUGCGAUAUUCGCGGGUGCUUUCUACGGUUUCAAGGUUGUUAUUGUGCCCCAUAACCUCCCAGCAGAGACACUAUCUGUUCAUUUGCAGCAAGCAAAGGCAGAUGUGCUCAUUGCUGAAGCUGGAUCUAUUGAUCUCUCUGUUAUCUCGAAGGAUAACAAACAGCUCUCCCUCGCUCUCUGGGUCGCCAAGUAUGGCAACCGUCACAUGGACUGGAACGUGGUUCCCGAGGACGUCGAGAGUAGCUUGAGUGUGGCAGUUUGGCAUGAUCUGGUUGAGGAGCACAAGGAUAUUGCUGGCUUUGAUGUUCCAGAGUAUGACCCUAAAACAACGACGCCCUCUGUCAGCACUGUUUGGCCCUCUUCUUCUCAAUCAGUUCAAUUUAUCGAGUUCCAGCCGGAGAAUCUUGUUGCAGCUAUUGGCGCAUUGAACUCAUCAUUGCCUCGUACCCAGCGCUUCACUCCAGCCGAUAUUGUCUUGUCCAUUGACUCCCUUUCUCGGUCUUACCCACUAUGUCAGACUAUGGGUGCCCUGUUUGCAAACUCUUCUAUUGCCCUCAAUUCCGUUGCGGGCGAAAAGGUGGACUUUGCUUUGGCUACUGCUGGUGUGUCACCCACAAUCAUUAUUGCAUCGUCGCAGACUAUGAGUGAUUACCACGAGAAGAUCAUGCGCCCACACACUGGCCUCAUCUCGUCUAUUGGUCGCUGGCUUCAAGCAAGAACCCUCGAUGCAGGAAACAUGCCUAGUCACAACUUCUUUAGCCAGCUGGCUCGCAUCGGUCCCACCGCCGAGCUUUCUCUGGACAAUUUGCGGCUUCUUUGCAUUUCUCACCGUGUUGAUGGCAGCUCUAUUUCUCGUCUUAGCUCCGAGCAGCUGGCCGAGCUUCGAAUUUUCACUGGCGCUCGGGUGGUUUAUGCCUUGACCGGACCCGGAGUUGCGGGUGCUAUCGCCCAGACCAACGCCUUCGACUACAGACGCCUCACGGGUACCAGCCACUUUGGGGCCCCAUUGAGCAGCACUGAGAUUACUUUGAAGAACGUCCCCGAGGGCUCCCCUGACGGCGUGGAGGAGGGACAGCUUACUGUAUCUGGCCCUGCUGUUAUCGAUGGCACCACUUCUCUUUCCGUAAGAGCACGCAUCGGUACCGACAACACUUUGGAAUUGUGCUCUUAA